GGAGCAUCGCCGCUUUAAGCUGAAGGCCACGCCGGGAGACGGGGCGUGUGCGUGUCCGUCCCGUCCCCCCCCCCCCCCUCCGCCCCGGCUCCCCCACGUGGUGCGGUGCCCGUGCCUCCUGGCCGCUGGCGGAGCUGGGCGCACACAGCGCGGGGCUGCUGCCGGGGCUCGCGGGAUUCGCCUGCUCCCGCUGCCGCUGCCCGGGCGGCUGGUCCGGCCCGGCCCGGCCCGCGGCCAUGCGCCAGCGCCACGCCGAGCGGCCGAACGGCGAGGCUGCAUCGCCGCCACGUCCCGCGGCAGCGGCGUGAAGCGGCAGGAGGAUGAAGCUGGCGAGGCGGGCCGCGCCGGGGCCCCUGCCUGUGCUGGGGCUGUUGCUGCUGGGCGCCCUGCCGGGUCUCUGGACGGUGCUGCUGCGUCGGGAGGCGGCGGCGGAGCAGGAGCCAGAGCCACGCUCGCCCGCGGGGCCGUCCCCGGGGCGGUGGGGCUGGCGGCGCUCCCCGGCGGCGCGGGGCGAGCCCGGCGGCGGUGGGCAGAAAACUUUCCGGGCGCUGCUGGCGGUGCCGUCGGCGGGCCGGGAGGAGCGGGGCGGCGAAGGGCGGUUCGCUGUGCCUGGCUCGUCGACGCCGGCCGACGCCGCCUCUCCGGUGGAACGGGGCAUCUUCUGGAGCCGUGAGCUGGAGGAGCAGGUGCCGCCGGGCUUCGCGGCGGAGGAGGCGGCGGCGUGGCUGUCCGCUGCCCGCGCCGCCCGCGUGGCCUCGCUGGAGCAGGGCGGCUGCGGGCGCAGCUCCAACCGGCUGGCACGGCUGUCGGACGGGAGCCGCGCCUGCGUCCGCUACGGCAUCAACCCGGAGCAGAUCCAGGGCGAGGCGCUCUCCUACCACCUGGCCGGGGUGCUGGGCAUGCAGGAGCGGCUGCCGCCCAUGGCCCUCGCCCUGGUGGAGGCCCGCGGGCGGCAGUGGGAGCCGGUGCGGGAGGAGCUGCGCGGCUCGCACUGGGCCGAGGGCGCCGUGGUCAGCCUGACUCGCUGGGUGGACAACCUCACCGCCGUGGUGGCCCCCGCGCCCUGGGGCGCCGAGGCGGGCGCCGGCCGGCGGCUGCAGCCGCUGUCGGCGGGGGAGCUGGGCGGCCUGCCGCCGUCGCAGCUGGUGGAGCUGGUGCAGUGGAGCGACCUGAUCCUCUUCGACUACCUGACGGCCAACUUCGACCGCUUGGUCAGCAACCUCUUCAGCCUGCAGUGGGACCCGCGGGUGAUGCGCCGCGCCACCAGCAACCUGCUCCGUGCCCCUGACGGCGGACUCGUCUUCAUGGACAAUGAGGCGGGGCUGGUGCACGGCUACCGCCUCCUCGCCAUGUGGGACCCCUACAACGAGCCGCUGCUCCGUUCCGUCUGCGUUUUCCGCGAGGGCACGGCGCGGCGCGUCGCCGAACUGCACCGCCGCCGCAGCGCCGCCGCCGAGCUGCGCCGCCGCUACCGGGCGCGGGAGCCGCUCUGGGCGCGCCUCGGCUUCCUCUCGGAGCGGCAGGCCGAGCUGCUGCAGGCCCGCGUCGACUUCGUGCACCGCCACAUCGCCCACUGCCGCGCACAGGCCGCCGUGCUCUGACGGCCCCUGGGCGGGCGGAGGGUGGUGGCGGGAGCCGGCUGCCCGCAUCGCUCCGGUUUUUCUCCGCUCCGAGGGAGCGGGAUUUACUUGCCCCAGCGGCCGCCGAAGGCUGGGGCGGACCCUGCCCGCCACCUCGCUGCUCGGUGCCCCGUCGCUGCCGCGACUGCCGGGUCUGACCCUGCCGGGGAAGGGGUGGGGGAACAGGGACGGGGCGGCCGCCGGGAGCAGCCGCUCGGGUGCGGGUGAUAAGGGGCUGCCUGUCUGCCGGGGCUGUCGAGACAAGCAAUUAAUUCGCGUUUGUCAAGAUCUCUGAAGAUACAGAGCGCGAUCGAUAUAAUUAUAGCCGAGUUCCACUCGGGGGCUCUGAUCCCACAGCUUGAAAAAACGAGAGGAUUCAGCAUCUUGAGUGCUUUCCUUAACUCUCUUGGUGCACUCGCUCUCGUAAGAGACCCUGUAGGAAAGCUGUCGUAUUGUCUGGAUUGGGGUCGACUACCUUUUCCUUCCAAAGAAGACAGGCGGAAACAUUUUUAUAUAUAUUCUUCCUUUUCCAACAGCAUAUUUAAGUAUGAAUGUUGAUAUUCAUAGGCCAAGAACCGAUUGCACAAUAGGGGAGCCGCUAACUAGCAAUUGCCCUAUUUAUGAAGCUUGUUUCUUACCGAUUUUCUUUAACGAGAGUGAACCUUUCCACUGAUUGUUAAAACUUGUCGAUGAGAAGUGUAUAAGAAGCCCAUAUUCCGUUAGCUCUUAGUCUUUGUCGUGGAUGCAUCUGGUUAAACUGGUUUGAUUCUUAAGCAUUUUUUUGUAAUCAUCACCGUCAUUGUUUCAUCUGACCAGUAAAGUAACUAACGGGUGACACAAGAGGAUCUCCCAGGUUUUAAAAAUAUUGCUAUGUGCUAAGACUUUGACCUAAUAGUUAAAGUGGAGGAAAAACUGUUUCAUGCACUUUACUUUGACUUUUUAACUUUUUAUAAAAGAAGACCUUUUUAUUUUACAAAGUCUGCCUUUUAUGUACGUUGUAUAUGUUCAUAAGCUUUUCUGUAACAUACUAAAACUGGUAUUUCAGUAAA